AUGCAAAAAGAGGGCCCCCAGGACAUCCGUGGAGUGGAACUCGGUGAAAUUCUUGAAGCGUAUGAGGUGGGCAAUGAAGACGAGUUGAUUGCCGGCAAACGAGAAGCCCUCAGGGAGUGGCAGACGUCAAACGUGAAAAAGGCAAUAACACGAGGAAAAUCUGUACAGAGGGAAAAGUGUUGGACGCGUCUGAACGAGAGGAUUUCAAAGAAGAGGAGCUUGUUGCACUGCUCCUUUUCCAUUUUGAAAGUUACUUCUCGGGUGCAGGUCCGCGGCACCUUCGUUGAUAUCAAAACUCGUGAAUCUAUCAUCCAAGUGUUAGGAGUUUAG